AUGGGUGCCAAUUCGAAUCUAGCUGAAUCCACUCACGAUCUCAACGAGCAGAUCUCUCAGCUCAUGCAGUGCAAGCCACUUUCUGAACAACAGGUUAAAGAAUUAUGUGAGAAGGCUAAGGAGAUUUUAAUGGAUGAAAGUAAUGUCCAGCCUGUGAAAAGCCCCGUGACAAUUUGUGGCGAUAUUCAUGGGCAGUUUCAUGAUCUUGCUGAACUAUUUCGAAUUGGAGGGAAGUGUCCAGAUACCAACUACUUGUUUAUGGGAGAUUAUGUGGACCGGGGUUAUUAUUCAGUUGAGACUGUAACACUCCUUGUGGCACUCAAAGUGCGGUAUCCUCAGCGGAUUACUAUUCUUAGAGGAAACCAUGAAAGCCGUCAGAUUACUCAAGUAUAUGGAUUUUACGAUGAAUGCCUAAGAAAGUAUGGGAGUGCCAAUGUCUGGAAGAUCUUUACAGACCUCUUCGACUUUUUCCCAUUGACUGCAUUGGUUGAAUCAGAAAUAUUUUGUUUGCAUGGUGGACUGUCGCCUUCGAUUGAGACCCUUGAUAACAUAAGGAACUUUGACCGUGUUCAAGAAGUUCCUCAUGAAGGGCCUAUGUGUGAUCUACUGUGGUCUGACCCAGAUGACAGAUGUGGUUGGGGAAUUUCUCCUCGUGGUGCUGGAUACACCUUUGGCCAGGAUAUAUCUGAACAAUUCAAUCAUACGAACAGCCUUAAGUUGAUUGCUAGAGCUCACCAGCUUGUUAUGGAUGGAUUUAAUUGGGCUCAUGAACAAAAGGUGGUUACCAUUUUCAGUGCUCCUAACUACUGUUACCGAUGUGGCAACAUGGCUUCCAUAUUGGAGGUUGAUGAUUGCAAGGGCCACACAUUUAUCCAGUUUGAACCUGCUCCAAGGAGAGGAGAACCUGAUGUGACUCGAAGAACGCCUGAUUACUUCCUGUAG